AUGGCCAGCUACCCCUACGGGCAGGGCUGCCCAGGAGCUGGAGGACAAGCACCCCGAGCCCCUCUGGGUAGCUACUACCCUGGACUCCCCCAUGGAGGGCAAUAUGCUAGGAGGGUACCCCAUGGUAGCGGAUAUGGAGGAGGUCCUGCCCCUGGAGGGCCUUACGGACCACCAGCUGGUGGAGGGCCCUAUGCACACCCCAACCCUGGGGGGCUCCCUUCUGGAACUCCAGGAGGACCAUAUGGUGGCACGGCCCCAGGGGGCCCCUAUGGACCACCACCUCCAAAUUCCUAUGGUGCCCAGCAUCCCGGGCCUUAUGGACACGGAACACCUCCUCCAGGUGGCACCGCUCCCAAUGUGGAUCCCGAGGCUUACUCCUUGUUCCAGCCAGUGAACUCCGAUCACAGUGGCUAUAUCUCCACCAAGGAGCUGAAGCAGGCCCUGGUCAAUGCCAACUGGUCCUCGUUCAACGAUGAGACAUGCCUCAUGAUGAUAAACAUGUUUGACAAGACCAAGUCAGGCUGCAUUGAUGUCUACGGUUUCUCAGCCCUGUGGAAGUUCAUCCAGCAGUGGAAGAACCUCUUCCAGCAGUAUGACCGGGACCGCUCGGCCUCCAUUAGCUACACAGAGCUGCACCAAGCUCUGUCCCAGAUGGGCUACAAUCUGAGCCCCCAGGUCACCCAGUUCCUGGUCUCCCGCUACUGCCCGCGCUCCACCAGUCCUGCCAUGCAGCUAGAUCGCUUCAUCCAGGUGUGCACCCAGCUGCAGGUGCUGACCGAGGCCUUCCGGGAGAAGGACACAGCUGUGCAGGGCAACAUUUGGCUCAGCUUCGAGGACUUCGUGACCAUGACAGCUUCUCAGAUGAUAUGACCAGCCCAUCUGUAAAGUGGGGAGUGCAUCAAGGGACUUUUCCUAGCUCCUAGGGUGGGAGAAGCAUGUGGGCCUCUCUUCAUUUCCUGCCCUUCCUAGAAAAAGAAUUCUCCCUUGCCUGA